AUGGAGAAAGAUGGGACAGUGAAAUAUGUCACUAUGGAAUGUGCUUGUGGUGGCAAGGCAAGAAAUAGGGCAUCAAACGUUUCCAAGCCACGGCCAACAAGCAAGACAGAUUGCAAGGCAAGGAUGAAUGUGAUGUUAAAGGAUGGGAAACUAUGCAACAAAGAAGUUAAUGAGUCUGUUAGGAGGGUGUUGGAUACAAAUGAUCAGGCUGGCAUACGGAUGAAUAAUAGUUUUCAUACUCUUGUGACUGAGGCCGGUGGGUUUGAGAACGUACCAUUUAGAGAAAAAGAUUGUCGUAAUUAUAUUGAUAAGGCACGACACUUGUGCCUUGGUAAAGGUGGUGCCCAAGCACUGUUUGAAUACUUUAGAAGGAUGCAAUACAAGAAUGAUGGAUUUUUCAAUCUCAUGGAAUUGGAUGAUGAUGAUAGGAUGAAAAAUGUGUUUUGGGUGGACGCCCGUAGUAGAGGGGCCUACAAUUACUUUGGAGAUGUGGUAACAUUUGAUACCACGUACCUGACAAAUAGGCACUUUUCGUGA